UAGCAUUUGGUACCAACUCAUCUCUGCACAAGUUCUCUGGAUAGAUGUGAAUUCAUGUAAUAUUGUUAAAUUUUUUGAUUGACGCAUACCGACUGCAAGGUGAUUUAUAGAUCUAUUUCUGCCAUGAAAAACAACUUUUCCCCUGACAGAUCAUUGAUCAAUUAUAUUAAAAAAACAUUGGUAGGAAAAAUUUUCAUUGGAAGUUUUGUUGGGAAACAGUACGUGGAGUGUUUACAACUUUACAGGGAUAUUAUUCAUGUACAUACGAAUGAGGAAGAAUUGAUUGUAUCACUGAAUGAAGUUCAAAGCCAAAUUUGUAAAUAUUAUGGCAAUUCAAGGUGGUUUGGCAUGACAUGUGAGAAAUAUAAUAAUGACAAUGUGAAAUAUAUCAUAUGGACAACAUUGCCAGAGAUACCGCUUGGUAAAUAUUGGUUCCAAAUAUGUCCUGUCAAAUAUACAUUGAACGAGAUUCAAUUGAAAGUAAAGCAUUUGAGGGCUUUAGGAAUGAAUAAUGAAGACCCAGUCGAGAAAAAUUAUUUAUCUUCGUUUGAUUUGCAGAAAAUUUUUACAUUGGAGAACACAUAUCAUACACUAAGAUUUAAUGCAGUUGCGAUUUUAACUUUGGUGACAACUGCUAUGACACUUCUGUGGCACAUUGGAGAUUUUUCUCUGAAAUUUGUUCACUGCUUCUGUGUCCUAAUACAAGUGUUCACCCCUAUAAUACUUGCAAUAAUAAAUGGUUUAACAAAAUGUGUUGGUGGAUUAUAUUGGUUAAUUUACGUGAUAUUAAGAGGCGAUCAAGUACCUCCAUGGCAACAGUUCGAUAAUAAUGAUCAGCAGCGGAGGAAUCACUAUCAGAGCUCUUUUGCACUAUUAGGGAAUUCUGACCCAAAGCCCGCAAAUUUUUCAACAAGUCCAAAAAAAUGGACAUGUAGACAAUAGACUGUUAUAAAAGUGAUUUAUAUCAUGACGUGUAAAAUAAAGUGACUAUCUUGAUAGUCAUUUGUGUUACAAAUUACUUUUAGUGUGAUGCUUGGUUCUCUAGAGCGUUCUUUCUUCUGCAAUAAGGAACUAUUGUAUGCAAAGCACAUAUUAUACAUAUGUAUACUUAUUAAGUAUAACUGAUUUUAUAAUCUCAUCUUUAUCUAUAAAUAUGAGGUAAAAAUUUCAUGUACAUCGAGAAUUAUUGCUGUUGUUCCAAUAUUACAAAUUUUGUAAUAAAGUAAAGUUAUUUACCAUAUAA